AUGGUCUCCACCGGCGCCGGCGGCAUCGUCGUGGCGAUGCAGAGCCUCGCCGCCUCCGCCUACGCAGCGCCGGGGUCGCUGGCGAGGACGGAGCGGAGCUACGGGACGGUGUUCGCAGCGCUGCCGUCCCCGAACGUGUUCGGCGGCGCGCCGCUGGUGGUGACGCGGCGCAGGAACUACUCGGCCCACGACAUCUCGGAGUUCCUCCCGGUGGUCAGGUUCUCCGGCGAGGAGGUCAAGCUGUACCGCACGAGGGCGCUGCCGGUGAACUCGGGGUUGAGGGCGCCGCGCGUGACGAUGACCGCCGUCUACGGCGCCAGCGUGCCGACGCCGGAGCAACUGGUGUACUGGGACGGCGACUUCAGCAAGGCGCCGGAGGUGGUGUACGGCGACGGCGACGGCGACGGAGCAGUCAAUCUGGAGAGCGUGUUGGCGUGGAACACAGUGGUCGGACAUGAUCUGGAGCAAGGUUUCUUCAAGGCCGUCAAGAUCAUGAAUGCGACAUGUUUACACCCAAAUUUGGGGAUCGGCCAAUCAAGGCUACUGAUCUUUUGA